GACGGAGGGAGGGAGAGAGAGAAGCAGAAACUGGCACCGGCAGCCCGGCAGCCCAGCCGAGGACUUCACUGAAGAGCGAGCCAGGGAGCGCUGGAGCGCUGAGGGGCCGGCAGCCGGCGGGGAGCAUGAGCGAGGCCCGGAGCCGGUGGCGCGGCUGCUGCGAGAAGCGGCGGCAGCAGCAGCGCUCAGAAGCAGCAGCAGCCCCAGCCCCAGCCAGCCGGCAGCAGCGUCUCGCUCCCGGGGUUCUCUAGGCGCCAGGGGGCCGCCUCCCUGCCUGCCUCUCUCCUUCCUUGACGGGCCAGGCCGGUCAGCGCCGCCUCAUGGGGGCCCCCCGAGACCCAAAGGCUGCUGCCCGCCUCUUGUAACGGGGGCCGAGGAGAGCCCUCUAGCCCGAUCCCCAUAGCCGGCAGCAGCGGAGGAGAAGCAGCAGCAGUCCCGGGCGCCCGGCCCGGCCAGAACCAAGGCUCGGAGGAUAGGGGCUCCGAGCCCCGGCUCAGUCCUGGGCGUCCCUCCAGCCCCGGGGCGCACGCGCUGGGGAGUCCCCGGAACUCAGAGCUGCGGGCGCCCGACGCGAGCCCGCGGAGCCGGCACAACUGUUGCAGGCGGCGGCGGCGGCGGAUGCGCCCUUGGAGAAGCCGGCUGCCGGCGGCGGCCGCUGGGGCUGCCUGGCCACAGAGUAGCCGGGGAGCUGCGGCCAGGUAAUUCCCUGACAAAUCAAUGACAGCCAAACGAUGACAAGUUGUGGCCAACAGUCCUUGAAUGUGCUCACGGUCAUUCUCUCAUUGCUGUUCUCAGCAGCGCUGUCCGCACACUUUAGAGUCUGUGAGCCCUACACCGACCACAAAGGUCACUACCACUUUGGCUUCCACUGUCCCCGGCUUUCUGACAACAAAACCUUCAUCUUGUGCUGUCACCAUAACAACACGGUCUUUAAAUACUGCUGCAACGAGACGGAGUUCCAGGCGGUGAUGCAGCUGAAUCUCACCCAGCAAUCCGAAGGCUACAUGCAUAACAACUACACAGCCUUGCUGGGCGUCUGGAUCUACGGCUUCUUCGUGGUCAUCUUGCUGGUGUUGGACCUUUUGUAUUACUCGGCCAUGAACUACAAUAUCUGCCGGGUUUACCUGGCACGAUGGGGGAUCCAGGGAGCAUGGAUGAAACAGGGUUCCAGCCGCUGGAGUAAGGCGGUUCAGAGUCCUAACCCUGCUCAACCUCCAUCCCUUGAGUUGGCACCCUCAGCCCCUGCUGCCUCUACCUCAGAGGCCACCCCAUCCCAGGCAACACAUAUUCUCAGAGGAGACACGCUAAGCCCACCGCCGCUCAUGUCCUUUCCGAGCUCCUCUGCCUGAAAAACUUCCUGCCGUGCCUCAGGAUGGGAGAGGGGAGAUUACAAAAACACGGGCAGCUUCCAGAAGGAACGACAUCCAGGGAGACAGAAGGAGCAGCCGAGCAGGCAGUGGCUGCCGGCGUGGGGCUUGCCUCUGCGUGACCCUCCAGCUGACUUAGGAAACAACACUGCAGUGAAGAAGGGUGCCCAGGACGGCCAUCCAUAAGCAAUACUCCCAUUGUAGACUGAGAGCCCCAGAAAGACGAGGCCAUUUUUAUCAAGGGACUGUUGGCAAAAGCCAGGCCAGACCUAAAUGAAGAAGGAUUACAAAUGGUUCAAGUCACUCUCCUCUGCCUUCCCAAUCUCCAGUAGUCACCAAAUCAAGCUUAAUGUAAAUGUCAAAAUAUUGAAUGUGAGUUGUUUUGUUUUUUUAACCCAAAGUUCUCCAGUGAAUGACUCUCUGAAUAUGACAGGGGCUAGUCAUCUGGUGAUCAAUCAGGAUGUCUGGCCACCCUUCAUGGUUGGGGAAGACGGGGGAGGAGGUCUCACAAAGGAAUCAGAGCCAAGAGCCAGGAGCUAGUCCAUUAUUUCACUUCCUAUGGGGCUUGAAUUCAAAAGGACAAAAAUGGAUGAAUCCUUAUGGCAUCCACUCUCCAUCCAGAAACUAGCCAGUAGAGGUCUGUCAUAGUCUCUGUGAAUGCCCAUUGAUCACUGGGACUUACCAGUGAUCAUGUCAUAGAAUAAUCAAAUCAUAUCAUUCCCAAUUCUUUGACUUCCUGGAUUGCCACAACAUAGAAUGUCUGAGCUAAAGUACCUUACAAAUAACCUAGUCUGACCCCUGUGUUGUGAAGAAGGAGAAACUGAGGCUCAGAGAGGGAAUGUAAUGUUUCAGGAUCACAGGAGCAAGUCAAAAUCAGAUAUUAGUUCACAGUUCUAUGACACUUUAAGUUUUACAAAAUGCUUCCCUCUCAACAGCUCUAUGAGGUAGGUUGAGCACAUAAAUUAUUCCCUAUUUUAUAAAUGAGUAAAUCAAGUCAGAAUUUCCCGACUCCAAUGCAAUUCUCUUGCCAACAUAUGUUGCCUCAAAAUGUUUUUCUUUUCUUUUCUUUUUUUUUUUUUAUUAAAUUGAGUUAAAUCUCCCAAUUAUGGGAUAUCAAAUUCUGGCCUUCAAUUUCCGGGAAAAACUCUGUUCAAAAAAUGAAUGUGCGUGUAAAUGUCUGUGACAAAAAUAGAUGCAAUUAGAGUCAGUUCCACAAAUGCUUAAGUGUAUGUUAUAAUAAUAACAGUGUGUAUUUUAUCAUUAAAAAGCAUUCCCCAUACAUUCUCUCAGUGAGUCCCCUUAUCGCUCCCCACGAGAAAGCCAGGGCUACUCCAUUAUCCCCAUUUUACAGAUGAGAAAACCAAAGCUCAAAUAUGGGAAAUUGUUGCACUCCAACCUUCCCUCCCCCAAGAUCAUGGUCUUUUGAGAUCAAUGAGAACUUGGAAGAAGACACUGUUCAUCUAAGUGUUUUAUCAAAUCUACAGAACUGUGGCUAAAAGCUAUAGUAAUAGUCAAUGGACAUGACUUACUCAACCCCCAAGCUUAACGUUUGAACAAAGGGAUGUAUUUUCCCCUUCCCUCAUGACACUGGGAGGCUCUGCUCCUCUUCAGAAUGUCUCAGCCCAAAUGCCAGUCAUCUCACCUUGUGUCCCACCUUAGUCAUUGCUCAUUUUUUAUUUUGUGACCGUUGGUGUGCAGCAGCAGGGCCUCCUGCCCUGGGCUCUGGGCAAAGCUUAAUGCCCCCCACAGACUUCCCAUGUGGGUCUGAUAGCCUCUUUGUCACUUAAAAGUAGUUAUAACUCCAUCUCGUGGCCCCUACUUCCUUCUCUUUCUGCUGUUCCAAACCAGAGAAACAGCCAUUGUUCCUUUGUAUGGAGUUUCCAAGCAUUGAGUACUUAGGGAAGGGAAGGCAUAGCAUUCAGGGCUUACCCAACCCACCACCCAGGUCUGUUUCAAGACCUGAGUCAAUUCUGUCAGCCUCAGCUACUCCAGGACUUAGUAAGAUACCCCAAGACCCCUUUGGAGAAGUCCCACUCAAAAAUUAAUGGUCCCCUUUGUCUAUCUCUACCUCUACCUGGUUUUCCAUGCUCAUUAUAAUCUCUCAUUAAUCUGCCUUUCUCUCUCAUUCUGCCAACCAAUGCUCCAAACCUACCUUAUUUCCUACCAUUUCCCUUUCUAUCGCCCUAGAAUCCAGCCAGACUGGACAACUUGUCUUUCCCCAAGAUGGGUCUUGGAGGUUGGAUAUGAUUUGAGCAUUUAGGGAUAGAAGAUAGCAGCAAAAGUCUGGAGAUUAGAAAAAAGCAGCAGAGCAGAAAUCGGCAGGCUCAGACUAUAAUCCUCACUCUGUGAACCACCCCCUUGGGGACUCAGUUUCCCGAUCUGUAAGCUUACAAAGUUAGAUUAACUAGUCCCUCAGGUCCCUUCUCAUAUUCUAGGCUUCUCAAAGCCAAUCAUGGUAAGAGUCCAAGUUCUCUACUCAAAGGAUGAGUUGAGGGAGAACAUGGGACUUUACUAAUCACCGUUCUAAAGUUGCCCCCAGGAUUACUUUAAAAUAUAUACAGUAAAUUCUGGGAAUCCAUCAUGGUCAGAGAGUGACUUUCCAAAGAAUCCAGGGUUCUGGUUAAUACUCAGUCCCCAGACAGAUCCCACCCACUGUAUCGCUCUUCAAAGAGCUCCAGUACAGGAUCUCAAAAUCCACUAAAUGAUAUCAUCAGCGAUUCUGAGAGAAUAUAACUAGAACUGGAAGGUGCUAGAAGAAAAGGUCAUAGAUUUCAGGCUAGAAUGGACCUUAGGGGUGAUCCAGGCCUUUCUAUCGCAUCAAAUUGCCCUCAAUCCCUAAUGUUCCUCUUCAGUGGAUGUGAAUGACAGGACAAAUCCCAGGAAACAUCCUUAGUCCUCUCCUGAAUGAAUUACUCCCUAGAGGGAAUGGUCAUCCAAGUCCCAAAGAAAGGUUCACUUUCCAGUGAGCUCACUGAGCUGGUCUGGCCCUCUAUCAACCCUCUAGACACAAAUGGGGAAACUGAGUCUCAGAGAAGUUCCAUGACUACCUGCAGGUCCCACAGGCAGCCUUGAACUUAUAAUGUGAGAUAUGGAAGGAAUCUUAGAAUUGAACCUGGUUUAGUGGAUUAAGACCCAAGUUCAGGGUUAGGAAGCUCUGCAUUCGAGUCUAGCUUCUCACACAUGCUAUCCAUGUCUUCCAGCUUAUUUAACCUGGUCUGAACCCUGCCCCACAAAAACCAGAUCGCUAGAGUCUGAAGAGCUACGUCUGAAUUACUACCUGUAUGACAGCUCCUGGUGGAAAGUCACUUCAUCUCUCCAGGCCUGUUUCCCCAGAUCUCCCCACUCCUGGUUCUAGAUGCAUGCUGUCAUCAGCAUCAAAGGUCAGAGCCAGGAAGAGACUUUGGAGCACGCUGAUUGAUUUUUGACUCCAUCUAAUAGGACUUUACCAUAAAUCUUUACAAAGUGCAUUAUCGUGGUUUUUUCCUAUGUGAGGUAGGUAGUUCCAAGACUGUUAUUCACUACUUUGCAGAGGAGAAGACUGAGGGUCAGACUCCUGGGAGUCUCGGGUCAUCCCAGCCAGGAUGCAGACCCAGUGUUUUCUGACCAUGAUUUUGGGGGCUGUGCCCACAAUGGCCACAACACUAUCUUUUCUCCCUCAGUAAGAUCCUUCCUGCUCUCACAUUCUGUGGCAAUUCAGGAAGCAUUUUGAGAACUUCCCCGUAGUUCAGGGUUACCAGGGAGAAGACUGGUUACUGGCCGCAGAGACAUAGGAUUGUGGAUGGACAUAGGCUUCCAGGCACUGCCAGAUCUAAGUAAUGAGGGCUCCCCCCCCUCAGUUUACCUGUCGUGUAUUCCACAGCUCCCCAAGCUCUAGUCUCCUCCUACUGUGAGCUCCUGCCCCGUCACCUAGUCCUUCAUCAAAAGAAAAAGUGGUAACUCUGCCAACAAAGCUUGUGUUCACCAAGGAAUUUGUAUUCACUCCUGAUACGUGUGACUUACUGUAUUUUGUAUGGUUCUUUUCCCUCUGGGAAUUGUGUGUUAUUAAUGAGCAGUUCUAUGCUUUUUUUUCCUAACCCAUCCGCCAUGUAUACUGUACUUGGUGCGUGUUUCGGACUCUUAUAAUGAGCCAAUAGUUGGUAGGUGCCCACUGGCUUUUCUAGUCACUUCCACUCUAGCUACACUCACCUGUACAGCCCUCACCCAUCCCCGAGGUAGGGGACCAGGUCUUCAGCUGCUCUUGUCACAACACAUCUGGAAACCUAGUCUUUCAAUUGUGAGCAUUUGCUAGUGACUCAGAUUAACCUUAGGCCAUUAGUUUAAAAACACAGAUGUAUCUCACGGGUAGAUUCCCAUCGUCACCCCAAGUUCCCACUGCCAGGACGCUCUGGAGCGGCCACUGGAAUGGUAUUCCUGUCCUCGGCACUUUGAGGUCUCUGCUUAACCAAUGGAAGCAGAUCAUUUUGAAAACCAAAUAGAGUCUUUGGGCUGGAAAGGAGAGUCAUCCAUUCUCUCAACUCGGAGCCCUGCCCACCAGGGAAUCAUUGACUCAUGAUGACAUGGUGUCUUGGGGCUACAAAAAGCACUUCCCAGGCAUCAUUUCACUGUAGCCCUAAGGGACUAAGAGAGUACAGUGAGCCUUCUAUCCUUUUUCAGGUGAGGAAAGAGAGAGAAAGGAAGGAUCUUGAGGAUGAUAAGUGAUGGAGCCAGAACCCCAAUCCAAGUUAUUGGACUUGCAGCCCAAGACUCUUUCCUGCUGCUUCCUGGUUCUAUGGGUCAUCCAGCUUUCUUGUCCCGAGGUCAUGUACAUCUCCUCACCUUUGACAGAGGAGACAGAACCCAAAUACAUGCAGAUGAAGCAUUUUCCCUCCUUGCCCUUCCACCCCAGCCUCUUUUCACAGAUAAUCAUGAGAUGUACAUUGAAAACUUCAUGCCCUUGACAAUCCAGAGCGAUUUCCCACCCUCCGGUGGUGCUAUUUCCAGUAUUCUCCUCACAUGUUAAUUAACAGGGUACUUCAGAGCAGCACAGUUUUCUGACUGACUAAUGAAGGACUGAUUACUAAUGACUCUGGGUAUUAUGGCUCCUUGAACCUCAGAAGGUCGUGAGCAAAUUGUUGACUAGGACUGGCAAUAUCUCCUUUAUCUCCUCUCCCUCCCCCCUCUCAGAAAACUCUUGGAACAGUAAAAACUUCACAUCAGACAGCUAGAUGUUUGGGUUAUACUAUGUCCAUCUCUUUGAGUCACUGAACCUCAAAGAUCCCUUAGUCAAGCCCUAAUAUGAAACAGGAGUUUAUUCUUUCAUGCAGGUGGUUACCUAGCUGCUACAUGGAUAUACCCGGUGAUGAGAAGCUCACUACCUGUCCAGAUAGCCAAUUUCAUUAUUGGAAAGUUUUAAUUGUUCUUUCUUCUCUGAAGCCAAAAUAUGCUUCCUAGAACUUUCUGCUGUUCCUACUCAUUCUACCCUCUGGGGCUAAGCACAAGCCAAAUCCCUCUUUCCCCUGACAAUCCUUUAGAUACUUAUUUCAUCUCCCCUUUAAGUUUCCCCUUUUCUAGGAUAAAUUCUCCACACCCCCCAGUUUUUUCUAACUGAUUUCCAUAUGGCAUAGACUUAAGCCCCUUUACCAUACUGGUAGCCCUUCUGUAGGCACUUGAAUACUAUCCAAAUGUGUCCUGCCUGAGGAAAAGGACAGCAGGACUUAAACAGCAUCUCUUAAAAAAAAAAGGAACCCAUGUUUCAUUAGAUUUUUUUGUCUGCCAUGUCACUCUAUUGAUUCAUAUUGUUUUUGUGGUCCACUAAGAAGCCCUGAUCAUUUUCACUCCAGUUGUUGUUCAGCCACAGUUAUAUCUGAAUCAACUGCACUUGGGGACAUGACCUAAAUGUAGCUGUGUUCUACAUUAAAUUGACUAGACAUCUGCCCUCCAUUAUAACAUGAACCUACACAAUCGAAUUCCUUCAAUCUUAUGAUCAAAUUUUCCAUUCCAGACUUGAUCAGAUCUGAGGACCGCAAGAGGAAAAACUAGGGACAGUGUGGACAGAAAGUACAAAUUUAUUACUUGCAAUCUAUUACACAGGAGUCUCCUGAGAGGUCUCCAGCACAGAGCACUGGUUACAGAAUACCAAAGCCUACCUAUAAAUGCCUAGGGGGAAAGAUAGAGGAUAGAUAUUCCUGAGACAAUAGAGUACUUUAUCUUGGGGAAAACUGAAUAAAAAGCUUAGUUCUAUAUUAAAGGAGGCUAUUUGUGGAUCCCCUGGGCCAUGUCUGUUUUACACAUUUACCAGGAGAGGGUCGAUGCAGGUCAAAAUUAAUGAAUCAAAUACUUUCCCAGCAAUCUGGCGUUCAGAGAAUGUCAGAGCUAUAAGAGAUCUAAGACAAUGACUCUGCUUGGAGCAUUACAUAAACCAAAAUGAUGAGUGAAAUUCGGGAGGGGAGGGGGACAUGAUCUGACCUAGGAUGGGUAGAUCCUCGCAAGUGACUCCUUAAUUCUCCAGAAAAUAAAAAAACAAAUUUUAAAAAAAGCUUCUAGUACCAGAUUCACAGCUUUGAUUAGUCACAGGACAAAGGCAAAUGACUGGAAGAUGUCAAAUGGUGCCCUCAGUCCAUUGUUUUCUAAUAGGCUCAUUCUGUCACCCAAAAGUGUGGAGUACAGUGUGAUUCAGUGGAAGAACAUAGGCUUGGGAGUCAGAAGAUCUGCAUUCUAAUUCUGGCUCUGGCCCCAACCCCAAUGUGACCUUUCCUCUCCCUGAGCUUCCAUUGCCUUGUCUAUAAAAGGAAGGUGUGGAGAACAAACAUACCAUGGAAUCCCAGGUCUUGCCAAAAGAAGCACUUCGGUACCUGAUAUGGAGGGAACAUUGAUACCCCAUUUUGGGAAAAAUUAGGAUGUGGUGAAGAAUGACAACUAUAGUGUCAUUCUCACUAGAGAAUGAAGGAUGUAAGCAUCAGCCUACGCUCUGGGAUUCCCAUGUCAGUCCACAAAUGAGCUAUGAAAGGGUCAAGAAUUUCUAAUCACUCUAGGACCAGAGUGUCUGAUGGGAAGACCCAGAACCAGUAGCCACAAGUUAAAACCAGGGCACCAAACCCCAAAUAUGUCAAGAUGUAAUCUCUUGUUAGAAUCACAUCAUACUGAUUUAGGAAGUUUUCUGUUUCCCUCUGUUUGGCCAAAACAGAUGCACAACACUAGGAACUUGUAUUACCACCUUCUCCUCUUAGAAUGUAAGGUUCUCUAGACAAUCCAUUCUGUUCUUUACAUCUUUUACAUCCCCCAUUCCUUCCACACAUGGCAGGUAUUUACUUAAUGUUUGUUUCAUCAAAUUAAAUUAAACAUCAAAGAUUCCAGUCAUUUCUGAAUCCAUCAAUAAUGAACCUCUUGCAUCACAAGUCAUUUCUUUUAAGACUUUUAACACUGUGCCAAUCCCUGCAUGGUUGUGUACUCAACUAUCAGUUGGCAGCCUUGUAGCAGUUCCUCUCCACAAAUUUGGAUUCACUUUCAAGAAUAUUGUCUAAGGCUCAAAGGGUAGCAUCUUCUGUGUUAGGAGCAUUUGGAACAAAAGAAUGAUGCAGAGAACAGAACACAGAUGGUACCACCGUCAUCCCUAACUAUCGUUGGCAAUGUGGGCCCAUUGAGAAUGCUGAUUCCAUAACACAGCUGAUGAGGAAUGUUUUGAAGGUUUGAAUUCUUUGGUGCAAUUAGAUGUGCCCCGGCUAUUAAAAAUUUCUCCUUAAGCUGUAUCCCACUGGCUAUGGCACCGAUGAUUACUUUGGGCAUUGAGUUCUUGGCAAAGAAGAAGGACUUAGGCCUGCACUUGGGCAAGCUUUCCCUCUGAAAAUGGCAGGGAUGACCAUGUAAGGAGCUCCCAUGGCAGCUGCAUCAUCUUGUGGCGUUCACAUGCAAAAAGUAGAGGGAAAUGAGUUUUCUGCAGAAACAGCUGGUAUAUAUUGGCCAAGUUUUCUGUCUUGAGCUCUAUGACUGACUCAACACUUUACAAAGCAUUGAAUGAGGUCAUCACUAGACUCCAGAACUAGAAAGAAAGUCCUCCCUUUCAUUUUACAGAGGAAAAAACUAGCCCAGAGAAGAAAGGGGACUUAAGUCAUACAGGUUGUAAGCAGGCUGAGAUUAGAAUCUGGGGUUCUCUUCUGUCACAGAACUUGCUAUUCCAACAUGUCUUUUCUAGCUCUGAGAUUCUAUGUUUCCUGUUAUAUACUUGGCCCAUCCUUGGCCGAACUGGUUCAAGUCUAAAAAAACUUGUCAUUAAGGAUUUGGUCCUUAUAAAUUGUAUAAUAUCGAGACAAAAGAUUUCCCAUUUAGAGACUUUUAAAAAGUCAGCUUAUAUAGUAAACUCUUGAAGUUAAAUGGAAUUGGAUCUUUAGAGCCAACUGAAUUUCUUUAGAGUUGAGUUGAUCCCAUUAGGUAUUAGCUAGAAAUAAUUCUUUUGUGUCCUCACUAACUCCUAGGCAUCAUUCUGUUCAUUUCUCUCCUCCUCCCUCUCCCUGAAGUUUCCAUUUCAGAGCUAAGGAAAUGUCUCACAACUCAAUAAAAUAACUGAUGGAGUCCAAGGUGAGGUUACUUGCAAUAACUGAGAGAAGAUUAAAGGACAAAGGGUUUAUCCAUCUUCCUUAGUUGGAAAUAUCACUCUCCAAAAGCAGUUUAUAUUUUUCCCUGUCCCUUCUGCUGACCCGGAGUGUGCUGGUUGGAUUGGGAUCUAGUGCUUCUGUCUCUCUCUUAUAAACCCUGGUUGGGCUCAGUCAUGGGGUGUUUCUAAGAAACGGUGUCCAGGAAAACCAAAUACUAAUAAAUAUGAAUAAUAAUAUGAAUAAUAAUAACCACAAUGUGUUUUACACUGAGCGUUAUUGCGCUGCUUUUGUCUUUCUAUACUGUAGUUUUUAUAAAGAUGUCUUUUGGUUUUAAUAAAUGAGUGUGAUGUCAAUUACUCCCUCUAUUAAAAUUGGCUUUAAUGUUUCAACAUG